AUGGCGGUGUCAGGUUUCGAUGAAACUCUUCGCAUUCACUACCAUCCACCAAGGGAAGUCUUACACCAUAUCCUCACCAAUGGAAGUACCAGCAUUAACCUACCUGACGAGGCAUUGGAAGACUUGACAGGCCUUACCUACAUCUUCCCCCAAGCUCUCCCACAAUGA